UUACAGUGUUAAUCUAUGUAUUAUGUUUCACGUCCACAUUAACUUCAAAGUGCGCUCACCUCACUUUACCUUCGCCGUAUCAAUUGCAUCAUAACGGGCUGUUUUUAACGUAGGAUUUUUUUACGCAUGUAGCUUGUAGGAUAUAUUUUCAAGUCUGAGCCAUAUAGACGUUUUAAAGACGGAUCUGAAGCCAUAUGAAUGUGUGAGGUAGAUGGACUGUUAUCUGUAAUCUUCAGGUAACUGAGCCGCUGGCCAACACUGUCCUGCUUUCAACUUUAGUUCUCGCCUGCAGACGAAAGAUGACUUUCUACGAUGGCAUUUACCCGUUUUACCCGCUACAAAGGAGCUCGUUCAUUGUCGACAUCAGCCUGCUGGUGGUGAUCCUGGUUUUCUCGGUUGUGGCUGUCAGUUUCCUGCUCAUUCUGCCGGGAAUACGUGGGAAAUCGAGACUGCUCUGGAUGUUCAGGAUAAUCAUUAGUUUAUUUAUUGGAGUUGUUUUAGUCGGGCUGAAUUUUACUGGGGACUGGGCUGAAGCCAGUAAAAAGGCCAAUGUCAGCUACAAAUCCUUCAGUAACGCAGUGGUAUCAGCGGAGGUGGGACUGCACGUAGGACUAUAUGGAAUCAACAUCACACUAAGAGGGGAGCCUAUAUCGCAAAUAAAUGAGACUAUAGACUAUAAUGAGAUAUUCAGGUGGUCAGGCAGCAUGGAUGACCAAUACGCCGAUGCCUUAGAGAGAGGUCUUCCCAACCCCAUCCUUUACAUCGUUGAGAAGUUCACACGCAACAGUGCAUGCGGACUGAUCUACCAAUACAGAUACUCGGGCCGGUUUGCCUCAGCCAAUCUGUGGACGGCUUUUUGCUGCUGGCUGGUGGCCAAUAUCCUCUUCUCAAUGCCCGUCAUCCUCUAUGCUGGCUACACGAUGUUAGCCACAGCCGCUUUCAUCUUCUUCUCCAUGGCUUCCUUCUCAACAAUAUACAACCUGCCACCCUGUGACUUCACUAUAGGCACAGAGUCCUUCAGGACAGACUACAGUCAUUCCUUUUGGCUCGCUUUAGCAACUGGUUUGCUGUGCACUGUGAUUGGUUUGUUGGUGGUGCUACUGGACUGUCUAUUUCCUACGAGGAUAAGGGAAGCGUUCAGUGUUGGGGUGGACAAUGAGGAUGAGGACUGCCACACCGGUGAAGGCUACCUCAACACAGGCUUUCUUGAGGGAGUAAUUUUUGAAGACAUCAUAGCGCCAGGAAACGACAAGGAACCGCAGAUUAUGACAAUAACAAGGCUUUGAGAGACCAUUUAUUUUUGCCCAUUACAACUACUUGAAAACUUGCAGAAUGAAUUGUUGAGAGCAGAUGUAAAGUACAGUAUACAGAAAUGUGAACUGUUCUUCUUGUACCUGCGUAUUCAUGUGUAAAUAUGUACAGA